AUGUUAGGAUCAAAGCAGAGUCUGCCGUGCAUUGCCCCGCUGCUGACCACGGUGGAGGAGACUCUGAGUGCUGUCUCUGCUCGGGUCCGAGGACACAUUCCUGAAUGGCUCAAUGGCUACCUACUUCGAGUUGGACCUGGGAAGUUUGAGUUUGGAAAGGAUAGCUACAAUCAUUGGUUUGACGGAAUGGCUUUGCUUCACCAGUUCAGACUGGAGAGGGGCACAGUGACAUACAAGAGCAAGUUUCUACAGAGUGACACAUACAAGGCCAACAGUGCUGGAGAUAGAAUUGUGAUCUCAGAAUUUGGCACGCUGGCCCUUCCUGACCCAUGCAAGAACAUCUUUGAACGUUUCAUGUCAAGGUUUGAGCCACCUACUAUGACUGACAACACCAGUGUCAACUUUGUGCAGUACAAGGGUGAUUACUACAUGAGCACAGAGACCAAUUUUAUGAAUAAGGUGGACAUUGAAACUCUGGAAAGAACAGAAAAGGUAGACUGGAGCAAAUUCGUUGCUGUGAAUGGAGCAACUGCUCACCCUCACUAUGACCCAGAUGGGACAGCAUACAAUAUGGGGAACACCUAUGGGCCAAGAGGUUCUUGCUAUAAUAUUAUUCGUGUUCCUCCAAAAAAGGAAGAGCCUGGGGAGACGCUUCAUGGGGCACAGGUGCUGUGCUCUAUUGCUUCCACUGAGAGGAUGAAGCCUUCUUACUACCAUAGCUUUGGAAUGACAGAAAACUACAUAAUCUUUGUGGAACAGCCUCUAAAGAUGAAGCUGUGGAAAAUAAUCACCUCUAAAAUCCGGGGAAAGGCCUUUGCUGAUGGGAUGAGCUGGGAGCCCCAGUAUAACACGCGGUUUCACGUGGUGGAUAAGCACACUGGACAGCCGCUCCCAGGAGUGUACUACAGCGCGCCUUUUCUUACCUUUCAUCAAAUCAAUGCCUUUGAGGACCAGGGCUGUAUUGUGAUUGAUCUGUGCUGCCAGGAUGAUGGGGGAAGCCUAGACAUUUACCAACUACAGAAUCUCAGGAAAGCUGGAGAAGGGCUUGAUCAGGUUUAUAAGUCGAAGCCAAUGUCUUUCCCUCGAAGAUUUGUCUUGCCCUUAGAUGUCAGUGUGGAUGCCCCUGAGGGAGAGAACCUCAGCCCUUUGUCCUAUUCUUCAGCCAGUGCCGUGAAACAGGGUGAUGGAGAGAUCUGGUGCUCUCCUGAAAAUCUACACCACAAAGACCUGGAAGAGGAAGGGGGGAUUGAAUUUCCUCAGAUCAACUAUGGCCGAUUUAAUGGCAAAAAGUAUAGUUUCUUCUAUGGCUGCGGUUUUCGACAUUUGGUGGGGGAUUCUCUGAUUAAGGUUGAUAUGGCGAACAAGACACUAAGGGUUUGGAGAGAAGAGGGCUUUUAUCCCUCAGAGCCCGUUUUUGUUCCGGUGCCAGGAGCCAGUGAGGAAGAUGGUGGAGUUAUCCUCUCUGUGGUGAUCACUCCCAACCAGACUGAAAGCAACUUUCUCCUUGUCUUGGACGCCAAGAACUUCACUGAACUGGGGCGAGCAGAGGUACCUGUGCAGAUGCCUUAUGGGUUCCACGGCACGUUUGUACCCAUCUGAUGGCACAAGACCAAGGAGGGACUGAGGGAAGGCUUCGAUGAGCGCACUCUAUGGAAAAGAGAAAAUGGUGGAUCUCACUCAAAAACUAUUGUAGUUUGGAUCUGACCCUGACCCCUAAGGACUCAUAAAUCUGACUCCUGUGGGCUCAUUGACCCUGACCCCCAAGGGCUCAUAGACCCUGACCAUCAUGGGCUCAGACCCUGACCCCCAAGGGCUCAUAGACCCUGAACAUCAUGGGCUCAGACCCUGACCCCCAAGGGCUCAUGUUUUAAAUGCUUGUACCCAACUUGUGGCACCACUUUGGGAGGCUGUGGAAACUUUUAGGGGUGACACCUCACAGGAACCAGCCAAGGGAAUCUUUCCAACCUUAAGUUGUUCUGUCUGAGUUUGGUUUUGUUUUGCAGCCGUGGUAAAAUAACUAAUUAAAAAAACCCAAUGUCUGGUUUUACAAUUCUA